CACACAAGGAGUAGAUCCUGGGGCACAAUCUACACUCAAGAUGAACACAAUGAUUGCAGGUCAUUUCUGGCUGCCCAUAAUAUUUUCUGGCAUUGUCUUGAGGUGGCCGGUGGAAGGACGUCCUAUAAGUAACACCACUACAACAACGAAAAGUGUCAGCCUUGGCCAUGACUUCAGAAAGACGUUAACAUUGUCCAGGAAACUCUUACAAGAGAGCAGACUGUUGACCCAUGACUAUCGUAUGUGGAAAUUGCCUGGGUCACACUUGGAUUUCACAGGAUCUUUCCUAAACCUGACCUCAGUAGCUAUUAACAUCACUACUUGGCUGAAGCUACAGCCAAGUGAGCGGCUCCGAUUCCUCAGUGACACUCUUCAGGUUUACCCUGUAUAUUUGGGUGAGCUAGAGAAAUGGGAGAAGGAGGAGACUAAGGAGGGCUCGCCAUCACCUCUCAAGAGUAGCGUCACUCAUGUACGUCUAGACCUUCGAGAUCUGCUACAUCACAUCCACAGACAGAUGUCGUUACUUGGACUCAAUCACACAAAAGUUUCAUCCCAAGAGCACCCAUGGGGUGGGGCCAGAAACUGGUCCACCCAUCUGAAGAUGUACCAAGUUCUUCGAACCAUGGAACAAACUCUACUUCGGGCGGUGAGGGAGUACACCAUACUUCAACGUUUUCAUGGUUGAAAAUGAGGACAAUUUUAAGUGUCUGUGUGUGUGUGUGGAGGGGUGGUGCUCAUAUUAUGUGGGUACAUCCUCCCCAUAAAUAAUACUGCUGACUUAUACACUAUUACACUCUCGUACUGUAAGCUGCAGAAGACGAGAGGGGAACUUAGCUGGGAAAAAGCGUGAAAAACUCCGAUAAACCCAAGUGUACCAUUGCUCUAUACCUCAUGUCCUCGUCUCAUGCCCCAAGUCUCAGUGUGUCCUUGUCCCAAGUGUCUGUGUCCUUGCCCCAAGUGUCAGUGUGUCCUU